UGAUAAGAAUUUAUUAAAAUUUAUAAGACAAAUAAAAAUAUAUAAAAUAUAUAUUUUCGAUUAAUUAUUAACUAAUAUAUGUAUUUCAAAGAAAAGUGUUUCAUUAAAGUAUUUAUUUCACUAUAAAACAUUGUUAUAUGAAUGGAUCUGGUGCAAAGAUUAAAUGCUCGAUAAAAUUUUUUUUACAACCUCUGUAAAAAAAAUACACCAGGAUAUUUGUGAUUAAAAAAAGAAACAAUGUCCAAAAUUUCAAGUGUCAAUUUAGUGGAGAAUGCAAAUGACAAUAAUUCUCUUCUCAAGAUGACGAAAUUUGAAAUUGAAUUUGUCAAUGUUAAAACUCUUCAGCACAAUAAUUAUUGUGUCAAAGAUGAAAGAAUUAAAUUUAAAAGUGAAUUUAUAGAAAAGGAUAAUUAUGUAGGGGACAUUUCUUGUUGUCCUGAUGAGAUUGAAAAGAAUCUUGAAACUUUGUUAGUGAAUGUGAUUAAUGAAAAAGAUAAUUUGCCAGCAAAUGAACGUGAAAUUGAAUUUAUAAAUGUAAAAAAUAUUAAUCGUGAUCACAUUCAUUUGGAGGAUGAACACAAAUCUAAAGUUGCUGAAAAGAAAAAAGAUGCUGAUUCUAAUUCUGAGAUUGCUAAUAAUUCUAUACUUGUGAAGGAAGAAAAUAUCGAUGAUGAAAAUAAAUCUGAUGAAAUUAUAGAAAUAGACACUGUUAAAAAAGAAAUUAAUAAAGUCUUUUUUGAAGAACACAUAGAACCAAAAAGAAUUAAUAAGAAAAUUCGACGAACCAAUAAGGAAAAAAAAUUUCGUUGCACAUAUCCUGGAUGUAAAAUUAAAUUUGUUAAACCUUCUAAACUUAAAAGACACAUUUGUAUGCACACUGGAGAAAGACCAUUUGCGUGCAACUUUAAUGAUUGUGAUAAAGCUUAUACAAAUAAUUCAUAUUUAAUUAGACACAAACUGACUCAUGGUGAUAUGAAAGAAAAAUUUCUAUGCUCGUAUUGCAAAACAGCGUUUUCAUCGCCGCAAAGUUUAAAACGACAUUGUUCAAGUGUUCACGAGGAUCCCCUGAAAUUGCAUCAUUUUAAGCGAAAAUGUACUGAAUGUCACUUUACGUGUCUAACGCGAAAAAUAUUAAGCAAACACAUGAUGGAAUCACACAAACGAAAUUUGUAUCAAUGCAGUUUUUGUCCAAAAUCAUUUACCGAACCAUCGUCAUUACAUCGUCAUCUCAAAUCGAAUAUGCAUAAAACAUUUACAUGCAAAAUUUGCUUUCAAUCCUUUGAUAAACAUGUGGAAUUUCGAGAACACAAAAAGGAGCACAUUGUCGUCUACAAAGAGUUCACGUGCGGCAUUUGUGGGUUAAAAUUUAAUCACAAGGGUAAUUUGCGUCUUCAUUUACAAGGACACGAAAGUUCAAAUAUUUUUGUCUGCUCAUACGAUGGUUGUAACCGUGUUUAUUGUUUUCAACGUAAUUUAGAUACGCACAUUCUCUCUUAUCAUUUGGGCAAAAAAUGGGAAUGUCAUUUGUGUCCAAUGAAAUUGUCGUCGAAACAAAAAUUAAAUGGACACAUUGAAAAAAUUCACUUGAAUCCUGUACCGCGAAAGCCACAGCCAACAAAGGAAAAUCGUAAACGACGACGUGAUAUUGGAAUACCGAGAAAAAGUGCAAUAUCACAAAUUUGCGGUAUAUUAUUGCCGCCGGAAACGGAGAAAAUAAUUAUCUAUCGUCACGAUAUUAAAUGCGAACAACCGUAGAAACUUUUUUCUUUUUUUUCAUUUUCAGAAUUGUUUGAAAUCUUUAAAUUCAACAUUUUUGUCCAAGUUUUAUGGUUUUUUCGUAAUCUCGAAAUUGUAGAUAAAUAAAACAAUAUAUUGUAUAUAUUUAUAUAUGUAUAUAUAAUUUAAGUAAAUUAUCAAAUUGUAUAAAAUAAAUUGUAUUUCGAAAAA